AUGACAAGCCAGCCGCACGCCGGCGAGGAUGGCGGCGACCGCCUGAGCGCGCUACCCGACUGCCUCCUCCACGCAAUCAUGUCGUUGCUCCCGGCGCGACACGCCGUGCAGACAUGCGCGCUGUCGCGGCGGUGGCGCGACCUGUGGCGCUCCAUGCCAUGCCUCGACAUCGUCGGCGACGAGUUCACGUCGUCGACCACCGGCAGCGUGAGGUGGGACAAGUUCGAGAGCUUCGCAACCAACCUGCUCCUCAACCACGACGCCCCGUUCCUCGACAGGUUCCGGCUUCGUCUACCCAGCUCAUGGCACGUCAGGGGAGGUGUACAGCAACGCGACAUCAAAUCACACUCACAGCCCGACGUGCGACAGAUCGAGCGAUGGAUCAACCGCGGCGUCCGGUUCUACCGACCCGUCGAGCUCGAGAUCACCAUCGGCGUUGGUUAUGACCUCAAGCUUCCAAUCCUCGGCGCCGUCGUCUUCUCCCACCGACUGAAAUCAUUGCGUCUCUCUCGCCUUGUUCUGGACCGCGGCUUCGGCUACACCAUCCGUUCGUGGUGCCCGGUCUUGGAAGCCAUGGAGCUCAACUCCUGCAUCUUCGAGUUCGACGAGAUCACUGGCAAUGCGCUCAGGAGUUUGGCCAUUGAUGGCUGCUCCCGACGUGGUCUGCAGGUGCCUGAUGAUGCAUUGUGUGUCACGGCGCCAAAGCUUACCUCCCUUCGGCUCAAGUUUUCGAUACAUGAUUUCAGCGUGUUUUUGGUUGAUCGAAUGGGUUUCCUCGUUGAUGCGUCGAUCUUUCCAAGAGAUGUCAUCAAGACGCGGGGUAAGCAGGACUCCCUGAAGCAUGCUCCCAAAGUGAACAAGUUCGUGGAUUUCUUCUACUGA